AUGGCAGCCGUAGACAGGCCUGUGAACAUUGCUAGUGCAAAUAUUCCAGUUAAUUACAAGAAUGAUUUGGAAAAGAUAUCUCGAUUCCUGGAAAAGUUCAGUGUCAAUCCGGUCCUAGACACGCCAAGCUCACCCACAAACUCAUUACAGAAUCGAUCAUAUAAAUAUCUAGACUUACUGCAAGAGAUAGCUGAUCGGACUCGCGAUACAGUUCUCAUUGAAUUGGACGAUGUCGUCGCGUUUGAUCAAAACGAUGACCUGGCUACAAACAUUGAAAACAAUACAUACCGAUACAUUCAUCUAUUCGCUCAAGCUAUCGACUCGGUCCUGCCAAUAAAUCAGACUCAGCCCACUGAUGACACUGAUCCGCUGGAAGUCAUCAUGUACCAACGUAGACAACGUGAUGAUGGAAGAGAAAACACGGCGGACGCCUUCCCGGCCACAAUGACUCGUCGAUACUCGGUCAAUUUCGCAGCUAGAACCACCAUUAAGGACAUGUCUGUUCGAGACGUUAAAGGUUCGGCCAUGGGUCACUUGGUUGCUGUGCGUGGUAUGGUGACGCGUGUUAGUAACGUCAAGCCUCAAGCUGCCGUCAUCACGCUGAGUUGUGACAAGUGCGGAUAUGAAUGCUUCCAAACGAUUACUACGCACAGCUUUAUCAUUCAAGACAAGUGUGACAGUGCUGCUUGUAAAGCAAACAACUCUAAGGGUAAACUCUUUCCUCAAACUCGUGCUUCCAAGUUCUUGAAAUUCCAAGAGACUGAUCAAGUUCCCAUGGGACACAUUCCUCGAUCCAUGACAGUAAACUUGUAUGAAUCUCUGACCAGAUCAGUCAAUCCUGGAGAUAUGGUGUCUAUUACGGGUAUCUUCAUGCCAAUCCCAUACACAGGUCGUCAGGGUCGAAGGGCUGGUCUCUUGACUGAUACAUUCUUGUAUGCCCAAAACGUGCUCCAUCUCAAAAAACAAUAUUCUCAAAUGGAAUCCACACCAGAGAUUGACGAAAAAGUCAUGGCUUUGGCUCAAGAUCCCGAUAUAUACACCAAACUGUCUCACAGUAUUGCUCCUGAAAUCUACGGACACGAAAGUGUAAAAAAGGCCUUAUUGCUCCUAUUGGUAGGAGGCGCUUCAAAGGAAACCAGUGACGGCAUGAAGAUCCGUGGUGACCUAAACAUGUUGUUGAUGGGUGAUCCUGGUGUAGCCAAGUCUCAACUGCUCAAAUAUAUUUCCAAAGUAUCGCCACGUGGUAUUUACACUACAGGUCGUGGUUCUUCAGGUGUAGGUCUCACCGCCGCUGUCAUGAAGGAUCCCGUUACCGAAGAAAUGGUUUUAGAAGGUGGUGCCCUAGUAUUAGCAGACAAUGGUAUUGCCUGUAUUGAUGAAUUCGACAAGAUGGAUGAGAAUGAUCGAACCGCCAUUCACGAAGUCAUGGAACAGCAAACCAUCAGUAUUAGCAAGGCUGGAAUCACUACAACGCUGAACGCUCGAACUUCCAUUUUGGCUGCCGCCAAUCCUCAGUUUGGUCGAUACAAUCCUCGCUACAAGCCGAGUGAAAACAUGAAUUUGCCCCCUGCCCUUCUCAGUCGGUUUGAUUUGCUCUUCUUGUUGCUUGAUGAGGCAAACCAAGACGAAGACAUGAGACUUGGUCAGCACGUUACAUAUGUACAUAUGCAUAACACACACCCACGGGCAGAAGGAGAACCAGACCCGGUUGAAAUUCUGGUCAUGCGUCAAUUUAUUGCCAAGGCUCGUUCAUUCCGUCCCGUCAUUCCUCCUGGUGUCGCAGAGUACAUUGUUAAGUUGUAUGUACAAUUCCGAUCUGGUGAUGAUUACUUGUCGGAAUUCCAAUACACCACACCAAGAACUUUGCUAUCUCUCAUUCGGAUGGCCACAGCUCGGGCUCGUGUGAGAUUCUCUGAAGAAGUGACGAUUGCUGAUGUUGAGGAGGCUCAUACUUUGAUUGAAGCCAGUAAAUCCAGCUUGAUUCGUCAAGCACACAAGGGCAAGAGGGAUCCAUCGGGUGAUAUUCUGGAGAUUGCUCGUCGCAUGGCGACAGACAGCAAGGGACAUUUGACAUUGCCAGUAGAGUAUGCCUUGCUCAAGGAACGAGUGAUUAGUCGUGGUAUGAGUGAAGAGAACUUGAACACUGCCAUUCACGAGUACGAGAUUGCGGACAUUUGGAUGCUUGUAGCCAAUGGAACUCGUCUCCAAUUCCUCUAUAAUGAGGCCGACGAGGAUGAAGAAGAGGGAGAGAAGGAAGGAGAUGAAGAACAGCAAGAACAGAUUGAAGAUGAUGAUCUUUGA